AUGUCCACAAAUUCAAUCAAAUUACUAGCUAGCGAUGUGCAUAGAGGACUCGCAGAGUUGGUAGCCAGGAGACUCGGCUUGCACAUUACUCCAUGCGAGCUAAAAAGGGAGUCCACGGGAGAAGUGCAGUUCUCGAUAGGUGAAUCAGUGCGUGAUGAGGACGUUUUCAUUCUUUGCCAAAUCGGCUCGGGAGAGGUUAACGAUAGGGUCAUUGAGUUGAUGAUCAUGAUCAACGCUUGCAAAACCGCUAGUGCUCGAAGAAUCACCGUGAUACUACCAAACUUCCCCUACGCUAGACAGGAUAGGAAAGACAAGUCGCGUGCUCCCAUCACGGCCAAGUUGAUGGCCGAUAUGUUGACUUCUGCAGGAUGCGGCCAUGUCAUCACCAUGGACUUGCAUGCCUCGCAGAUUCAAGGAUUCUUUGACGUGCCUGUUGACAACUUGUAUGCUGAGCCAAGUGUGGUGAGGUACAUCAAGGAGAAGAUAGACUAUAGAAACGCCAUCGUCAUUUCCCCUGACGCAGGCGGUGCCAAGAGAGCAGCGGGGUUGGCAGAUAGACUCGACUUGAACUUUGCGUUGAUUCACAAGGAGAGAGCCAAGGCCAACGAAGUCUCGAGAAUGGUCUUGGUGGGAGACGUGAGCGACAAGGUCUGCGUCAUUGUCGACGACAUGGCCGACACAUGUGGAACCUUGGCCAAAGCCGCUGAGGUGUUGUUGGACAACAACGCCAAGGAAGUGAUUGCGAUAGUUACCCAUGGUAUAUUGUCGGGCAACGCAAUCAAGAACAUCAACAACUCGAAGCUUGAAAAAGUGGUCUGCACAAACACUGUCCCAUUUGAGGACAAGUUGAAGCUCUGCAGCAAGCUUGACUCCAUUGAUGUUUCUGCAGUCAUAGCAGAGGCUAUUAGAAGGUUACACAACGGUGAAAGUAUCUCAUAUUUAUUCAAGAAUGCUCCGCUAUAA